AUGCGGCGAAGUAAAACUGAGGUUGAACGCUAUAUAUCUUCAGUAAUAAGUGCCUCUCCUUCUCAGAAAGAGAAACCCACUAAAGGAUUCUUAUUCGCAAAGCUAUAUUUUGAAGCUAAGGAGUAUGAACUCGCUAAAAGACACGUAUCAUCGUAUCUAACCGUGCAAGAGAGGGAUCCCAAAGCUCACAAAUUUCUAGGUCAACUUUAUGAACGAGAGGGGGAUAUCGAUAAAGCAGUGGGAUGUUACAAGCGCUCGGUGGAUCUGAACCCAGCCCAGAAAGAUCUGGUUCUGAAGGUCGCGGAGCUCCUGUGCAACAAACCCGAGCGGGACAGCAGAGCCGAAUUUUGGGUGGAAAAGGCCGCCAAGCUCCUCCCUGGACAUCCUGAAGUGUUUAACCUAAAGGAGAAACUCCUGAGCGCGAAAGGACAGCAGGGCUGGAACCAGCUGUAUGACCUGCUGCAGACAGAACUACAGCUGCGGCCCACCGACAGCUAUGUCAACAUCAAGCUCAUGCAGCUGUACUGCUCUGACGGCCGAUUGGAGGACGCUGUCAAACACUAUCUCACUGUGGAGAGGAGCGGGGCCCUGAGACGCAAAUUGGACUGGUACAGCACGGCUGUGAAUACUCUUAAGGAAUACCUGGAACAGCCAAAUGUGUCGUCCAACGAAAAAAUAUGCCGCAAGAUUCAGAAGGAGCUUCUGCUGGCCCACAGCAGUCUGCUCAGAAUCACGCUGACGGAGAAGGGCUGGCGAGACGGCGUGGAUACGCUACAGAGUUUUGACAGCACCUUGCAGGCUCUGAAAAACACCGCCACCAGCACGGCAGACGAGCUCUCUGAGGUGUUUACAGAGAUGAGGGGUCAUCUGUACCUGUAUGCAGGGACUUUGCUCUUGAAGAUGGCACAAGAGAAGGAAACUCAGUGGAGGGCAGUGACAGACCUAGCAGCGCUCUGUUACCUCAUUGCCUAUCAGGUGCCCAGACCAAAGGCAAAGGCUUUGAAAGGUGACCAUGUUGCCCCGCAAGUGCUCGAGCUGUUGGCCUGUGAUCGGCAGAGCCAGGCGGGUCACAUGCUUUUCAACAUGAACCAGGACCCAGACCACUUUGUAAAGGAGGUGGUCGAGGCCUUCGGGAACAAGAAGGGGAAGGAGUGUCUGUUCGACAUGCUUUUCGGUGCCCAGAAAUCAGCUGGGCCCUCUUUCAUUGACAAUGAUGACAUCAGCCUCAGUGCACAGACUCCAGAGGUCACUGACCUUGUCACAUGGGACAACGGCUCCAUUCUGUUGCAUGGUGGAGAUUUGCAGCACUUGACGUGGUUGGGUCUGCAGUGGGUACUGAUGGAGCGGAACCCCGCGUUUAAAAACUGGCUGAAACAGCUCUUUCCUCGUCUCACCCUAGAGACCUCCAAACUGGACACCAACACACCAGAGUCCAUAUGUCUGCUCGAUCUCGAGGUCUUUCUAUGUGGGGUUGUGUUCACCUGUCACACUCAGCUCCAGGAGACGGCCAAAAUAUCGGCAGGUUCUCCGUUACACGAGCCGAGGUGUUUGCCUAUGCAGAUUAUUAAACUGCUGUCGACAGAAAAACAGCGUGAGUGGUGGAACGCUGUCUACAGCCUCAUCCACAAAAAAGCAAUACCAGGUAUGUCUGCUAAGCUGCGGAUGAUUGUCCAACACGGUCUGAGCACGCUCCGAGCUGGAGAGAAACACGGUUUGCAGCCUGCGCUGUUGAUACACUGGGCUCAACACCUCAGCAAAACGGGCUCUGGGUCGAACUCGUAUUACGAUCAGAAGGAAUACGUCGACCGCAGCGUGCAUUAUUGGAAGGUCGUUCUUCCCUUGCUGGAAAAAAUCCAGAGGAGGCGAAGCAUUCCAGAACCUCUGGAUCCAAUGUUCAUGCACUUCCGUAGUAGAGACAUACAGGUUUCUGGGGUGAAAUCUUAUGAAGAAGAGGCAGCGAUAGCUUUUGCCCUGCAUCUUGACAUUGAGGGCAAGACAGAUCAGGCCAUCUCAAACCUCGAGAAACUCAACAGCAUCUCAUCAAACUGGCAACUUGCACAGAUAUAUCAGAGGCUUUCCGAAGAGGCUGGAAAUGGCGUCGAGGAAACUCAGGACAGGUGCAUCAACUAUCUCCGGCAAUUCAAGAAGUAUCUAUCAAAGAUCUACAAUGCGAAUGCAGAGGACAUCGAGAAGCUGCCUGUAUCAAUGGAGGAAGUUAUGGAUUUGCUGACAGAGGUCGAUCAGCAACUUGGCGAUUAUGGAGACGGGUUAGACGAAGAUGAGGACGCCCCCCCAAUCACCUCAAGCCCAAGUCAGCCCCCAGAACCACUUGGAGCCAGUUCACACAUUAAAUUCUCCACUCCAUCCCCUGCUAAAAGCGUUUCCUCACCUUCUAAGAAACAUAUUUUUUCUCCUAAGACUGUGCCUCACUGGGCAGAAGAUCAGAAGUCCAUCCUACAGAUGCUCUGUAGCCAAGUUGAGGCCUUGAAGAAUGAAGUCCAUGACUUGAGACAUAACUCAUCAGAGACCACAGCUUCCCCACACCAUAGGAUGUAUGGUGAAGGAUACGGCGCGGAGUCUCUUCAGGAAUCCUAUCCAGCAGCUCAAACAUUCCAUGGUGCUCCACUUACUGUUGCUACCACAGGUCCAUCCGGCUACUACAAUCAGUCCCAAGCCUAUAACUCGCAAUAUCUUCUACGCACCGCAGCCAAUGUGACGCCAACAAAGGCUCCUGUAUAUGGAAUCGGUCGUCUGCCUCCUCAACAACCCAUGUAUACCUACCAGCCAACUCACACGCCACCCCUUCAAACCACUCCAGCCUGUAUCUAUCCCCAAGACCAGGUCUUUGGUGCCCCACUCCGUUUUGAGUCGCCAGCCACAAGUCUACUUUCCCCUUACAGUGAGGAGUAUUACAGCCACAGUGUUGCCCAACCCGCUACCAAUCCAACCUUGCCAGAGCCUGGAUAUUUCACAAAGCCGUCUGCAGUCACCCCUGCUCAGCCACCUAAGAGUGGUGAGAGCAAGCCUAUGGACUUUGGGAAGAUCCCUUUUGGCCAGCAGGGUCCAAGUGAACCUCCAAAGGCACCUAGCUUUGGUGGAGGAGCUGUUGCCCAGUCAACUCCAACAGCUGCUGCAUUUAAAUUCAAUUCAAACUUUAAAUCCAAUGAUGGGGAUUUCACUUUCUCAUCUGCUAAUGUGAAAAGUAACAGUGAAAGUCUACUGGGUCUUUUGACAUCAGACAUUUCCCUCAGAACUGAAGGAUACUCAGAACAAAAACCUCCAGCACCAGAACAGCCAGGCAGCCAACCUGGCAUCUUUACUUUUGGUAGUAAAAAUGCCGCUGGAUUCUCCUUCACAGAUGCUGCUCAAGGCAAAAAUCUUUUUGCGAAAACUGAACCAGCGUUUAAUUUUGCCAGUACAGCAAAACCCGUAUUUGGCUUUGGAAACGCUGGAGACCAAGAGGAGAAAGCCGCGGAAAGUGACAACGAUAGCACGCACGUGGAAGAAGAUGAAGAUGGGCCGCACUUUGAGCCCAUCGUGCCUCUGCCCGAUAAAGUAGACGUCAAAACCGGGGAGGAAGAAGAAGAGGAGAUGUUCUGUAACAGAGCGAAACUGUUCAGGUUUGACACAGAGGCGAAAGAGUGGAAGGAGAGGGGCAUCGGCAGCAUCAAGAUCCUGAAGCACAGAACCUCAGGUAAAGUUCGUCUGUUAAUGAGGAGGGAGCAGGUCCUAAAGAUCUGCGCCAAUCACUACAUUACCGCAGACAUGGUCUUGAAACCAAACGCUGGAUCGGACAAAUCGUGGGUUUGGUACGCCAUUGACUAUGCGGACGAAAUGCCGAAGACUGAGCAGCUGGCUAUCCGUUUUAAAACCGCCGACGAGGCUGCGCUCUUCAAGGCUAAGUUUGAGGAGGCUCAAAGUUUCAUUACAAAAUCUCCACAGAAACAAGAGCAGCGUGAGGAAAAGUUACCCAAACCCUCCACACCGGAGCCAGCAGGCAAGGUCUUAGACCUUAAGGCACAGUUUGCCAGGAAAGAUGGAGAAUGGGAUUGUAACGUGUGCUGUGUGCGAAAUACCCCUUCAGCUAAGCAAUGUGUUGCUUGCCAAAGUCCCAAUCCUGAUGCUGCACCAGAACCCGAAGGUAAACCAACAGAGGGAUUCAAAGGCUUUCCCUCUGUGGCUCCAGCAGGGGGUUUUACUUUUGGUUUUGGCGAAGGAUCUGCCAAGGGCUCCAGCUCUACUUCCAGUUCACAAGGUUUUGCACCCUUUGGGUCUCAGAUACCUGCCUCUUUCAAAUUCGGUACGACCACACCUGCUACUACAACUGCGGGUUUUGGUUCUCAGUUCGAGAAGAAACCUGGGCAGUGGGACUGCAGUGUUUGUGCAGUGAGAAAUGAAGAAACUGCAAACAGCUGUGUAGCAUGUCAAACUCCAAAUCCUUCAGCUAAAACCGGUGAGAACCAAGUCGCUGAAAAACCCUCAACGCUCUCUUUUGGCUCUGGCUUUGGUGCCCAGUUCUCAAAGAAGGAGGGACAGUGGGACUGUGACACCUGUUUAGUCAGGAACGAUGCGUCGGUCACUGAGUGUGUCUCAUGUCAGACUCCGCGUAACCCAGCGCAAAUACAGGGUGGACUUGCUGCCAUGUUCGGUAAAAAGGAAGGGCAGUGGGAUUGUGACGCAUGUCUGGUUAGAAAUGAGAGCUCAUCCAGCCACUGUGUCUCCUGCCAGACUCCAAACCCAAAUGCAAAAAGCACAACCACUUCUGCACCAUCAAGCUCCUCCUUUAGCUUUAGUUUUGGGAGCACUGCCAAUCAGCCAGCUGCAACAGGGUUUAAAACCAACUUCAACGCCAGCAGUACCUUUCAGUUUGGUCAAAGUAAAGAUACUGCAUCUUCAGCAGCCUUCAACUUCAAGGCCCCCCCAACUCAGGCUGACGACAAGUCUUCUACAAGCAGCGGUUUCUCUUUCUCCAUGCCAAUGCCUGCUGGUGGCUUUAAGUUUGGCACUCAGGAGUCGAAUACACAACCUGCUGACAGCCAGACCCAAAAGGGAUCCGCAUCCCUGUUCCUGAAAAAUAUGGCUGAACAGCACAGAGAGAAAGAAAAAGAGACGACCCCAUCCGCAUCAGCGCCAUCUGCGGACAAAACUAGCCAAGACAGCAAUCCUCUCUUCGCUGGUAAGCCCAACACAUUUAGUUUUGCAGACUUGGCAAAGUCCUCAAAAGGUGACUUUCAGUUUGGACAGCAAGAUCCGAAUUUCAAAGGCUUCGCCGGAGCUGGCGAACAACUUUUCUCAUCAUUUCAAGGCAAUCAGAAAGCAGAUACCUCUGCUGAUCAAGAUGAGGAAGAUAUGUACAAAACUGAAGAAAAUGAUGACAUCCAGUUUGAACCAGUGGUACAGAUGCCUGAGAAAGUAGAACUGGUCACAGGAGAGGAGGAUGAGGAGGUCCUCUACUCACAGCGUGUUAAGCUCUUCAGGUUUGACACAGAAACCAGCCAGUGGAAAGAAAGAGGGGUUGGGAACCUGAAGUUUCUGAAGAACAGUGACAACGGGAAGCUGAGAGUACUCAUGAGGAGAGAACAAGUCCUGAAGGUUUGUGCCAACCAUUGGAUCACCACCACAAUGAACCUAAAACCUCUCUCUGGGUCUGACCGCGCCUGGAUGUGGAUGGCAAACGAUUUCUCCGACGGAGAUGCCAAGCUGGAACAAUUGGCCGCUAAAUUUAAAACACCGGAGUUGGCGGAAGAGUUCAAGCAGAAAUUUGAGGAGUGUCAGAGGCUUCUUUUGGACAUCCCUCUACAAACGCCUCACAAGCUUGUGGAUACAGGUAGGACUGCACAUCUCAUUCAGAAAGCUGAAGAAAUGAAGUCGGGUCUGAAAGAUCUCAAGUCGUUCCUGACUGAUGACAAAACUAAAAUCGCCGAAGAUGAAGGCAAUGUCACGACGACAAGUAACACCUCUGGGUUGAUCAUCAAACCCCAUGCUGAGAGCACUGGCCCCACAUUGGAGUGGGACAACUACGAUUUACGAGGAGAAGGCCUAGACGAUAGCGCCAACACUUCGGUGUAUGCAUCUCCCUUGGCUAGUAGUCCAAUUCGGAAGAACUUGUUCCGUUUUGGAGAAUCUUCUGCCGGCUUCAGUUUCAGUUUCCAGCCUGUCCUUAGUCCUUCAAAAUCUCCAGCUAAACCCAACCAGAGCAGGGGUUCUGUUGGCACAGAUGAUGAGCAAGAUACGACUCAAGAGGAGGAGCGAGAUGGACAGUAUUUUGAGCCUGUUGUACCUUUGCCUGACCUUGUAGAGAUUUCUACUGGUGAAGAGAAUGAGCAAGUAGUGUUCAGUCACAGAGCAAAGCUGUAUCGCUAUGACAAAGAUCUUAGUCAGUGGAAAGAGAGGGGAAUAGGAGAUCUGAAAAUUUUACAAAAUUAUGACACCAAACGGGUAAGACUAGUGAUGAGGCGAGAUCAGGUUCUCAAAUUAUGUGCAAAUCACUGGAUUACUGCAAACAUGAAGCUUGAGCCAAUGAAAGGGGCCGAAAAGGCGUGGAUCUGGAGCGCAUUUGAUUUCGCCGAAGGUGAGGGAAAAGUCGAACAGCUAGCGGUCCGAUUCAAGCUGCAGGAGACUGCCAGUGCCUUCAGAGACGCUUUCGAAGAGGCUAAGGAUGCACAGGACAAGGAAGUUCUCCUCACAUCUGUAGCGUCCAGAGAGACGACCACCACAUUACCAGUAACAUGUGGUGAGGCCGCUGUGGCAGUGCUUGAGGAGACCACUAAAGAAAGGACUGACAAAACCGCCUCUGCCUCGAGUCCAAGAAGCACCUCGAAAACGGUGGUGUCUCCACCCAAGUUUGUCUUUGGAACUGACUCUGUACAAAAGAUCUUUGGCAGCCCACUGCCCUCUGUACCCACGACAGCAGGUUCUCCAGAUAAUGGCGCCGGCGCUGCCGUGAGCUCCAAGACCAGUGGAAGUGCACUGACCAGUGUGUCUUCAACCACAACACCGUUUAAAAUCCCUGAGAGAGUUCCCUCGCAGAUGAACAAAACAGAGAGUGAAAGGACCCAGGAAUUGUCUGACUCUGACGACGUUCAGAUUGUGUAUGAGCGGCAGCCCACCGAGGAGCAGGCGGAACUUGCUAGAAGGCUUAUGUUGCCCCUCACAUUCUUCUGUUAUAAAAACGAACCAGGAUACAUCAGCGAUGACGACCAUGAUGAUGAAGAUUUUGAAACUGCAGUGAAAAAUCUGAGGGGAAAACUGUAUCCUGAUCCUCCUGAAACUGGGGCCACUGCUUCAGGACACACUGAUCAGCCCAGCGUGGAUGUGAGGGAUCCUGAGUGUGUGCUUGUCUGGGAGAAAAAACCUACACCCGAAGAGGAGGAGAAGGCCAAGCGCCUCCAGCUGCCCCCAACUUUCUUCUGUGGGGCAGGCAGUGAUUCGGAGGCUGAGAGAGACAAGGCGGAGGACUUCGACACGGAGUUCCAAAAGGUGCAGCAGGCUCUGCAGGAACAGCAAAGCCAAAGCGCUCCUCAGCAGGAACAGCAAAGCCAAAGUUCUACUCCGUCGGAUGACAAAGCCGCAAGUGUCAGCACUGAUGACAUACCCACCAGUGCCAGCAGUACCGCGGUGUCCACAGGCAGUGAGGUCUCCUCAGAGCAGCCCUCAGACCCACAGACUGACAACAGCAGUUCUCCCAUUGACUUGUCUUCAAAGAAGGGCGGUGACACUGAUUCCACUACCACCACAACUGCUGCUGCUCCUGCCCCUGCCAGUCAAGUCACAUUUGGAUUUGGUGCAAUGGGUGGGUGCUCAUUUGCGGACUUGGCAAAGAAUUCGGGAGAAUUUGCAUUUGGCCAGCAAGAUUCAAACUUCUCCUGGGCUGGAGCUGGUGCUACAGUGUUUGCUGCUCCAGCUGACACCAAAAAGGACGGUGAGGAAGAAGGCAGUGAAGAUGAGGAGACCCCGAACAACGUAGACAUCCACUUUGAACCAAUCGUGUCGUUGCCUGAGGUGGAGGUGAAAUCUGGGGAGGAAGACGAGGAGAUUCUGUUUAAAGAGAGGACGAAGCUUUACCGGUGGGAUCGAGAGCUGAACCAGUGGAAGGAGCGCGGCGUCGGCGACAUAAAGAUCCUCUACCACCCCGCAAAGAAGUAUUAUCGUGUACUCAUGAGACGAGAGCAGGUCCUGAAGGUUUGUGCCAACCAUACCAUCACAGCGGCCAUCGAGCUUAAACCCAUGAACACCUCUGCCAACGCGUUAGUGUGGACGGCCACAGACUACGCAGAGGGAGAUGCAAAAGUGGAGCAGCUUGCGGCCAAAUUCAAGACCCCUGAGCUGGCUGAAUCUUUCAAGAAGACGUUUACGGACUGUCAGAACCGCCUGUCUCUGCCAGACUCCUCCCAGCUGUCCCGAGUCAUGGACUUCUCCAGAGAGACCAACCCUUUGGUGUACUUCACCGUCUCCGUGGACGACGAGCCGAUUGGAAAGAUCACCAUGGAGCUGUUUGCCCACGUUGUCCCUAAGACUGCGGAGAACUUCAGGGCCUUGUGCACUGGAGAGAAAGGCUUUGGCUACCGCGGCUCCAUUUUCCACAGAAUCAUCCCUGACUUCAUGUGUCAGGGUGGUGACAUCACCAACCAGGAUGGCACAGGAGGAAAGUCCAUUUACGGGGGCAAAUUUGAAGAUGAGAACUUUGACAUAAAGCACACAGGACCAGGUCUGCUGUCCAUGGCCAACCGAGGACGAGACACCAACAAUUCCCAGUUCUUUAUCACUCUCAAGAAAACGGAACAUCUGGAUUUCAAACACGUCGCUUUCGGCUUUGUCAAAGACGGCAUGGACGUUGUGAAGCAAAUGGGUGAACUGGGCACCAAGUCUGGCAAACCAAGUAAAAAGAUAACCAUUACAGAUUGUGGACAGCUUUAGAAGUUAAUGUUUCACCAGUGGUUUUUUUUUUGUUUGUUUUUUUCCUCUUGUUUCUGAGGGCUGUGAACCCUCCUGCAUCUCCUGAACUGUGUAAUUGUGUAAAAUGUACAUGAGUAACUUUUAUAAGUGGGGUUUUUU